AUGGAUUUCUCGAAUGUGCCCGGGUAUUGGAACGCCGUGGUGGACGCCCCGGGUUCUUCAAGCAGUAAACGUGACCUCAACCAGCUCGUGAAUCGAUUCUACGGUUCCUCGGAUCAGUGGUACACCAAGUUCAAGUCGUUGAAGUUCCCUGCGGCCCAGGGCACCAAGUACACGGAGAAGCUUGACCAGUUGGUGUAUCAUAACCCCCAGAUCUGCGUGUACGAGGGUACAAAGGUCGGGGAAUCCUUGAGCGUUGCUAUGGAAGGCACUACUACCGUUGAGUCACAUUUUGGGUUCUCAUUGAUUGCCACCUGGCAGCCUGGAAAGUCGUUUAACGUUCAUCAGGCGGCCGGCUUCUUCCAUCCGGACGGGGAGACGGAUGUGACCUUCAAGAUUGGCGGUCAGGGCGUCCUGGACACCUCCCAGAGUUUGCAGGGAUCAACCAUCACGGAGAUUCUUGGCGAAGCCAGCCUGGCCGGGAAGAGCAUCUACAAAGGAUGGGCCUCCUUUGACUUGUACCGGGAAAGCAGCGUCUCCCUCCGUAGCGGUGGUGGCAAUUCAGGAGCAGUGGCAGUGGAUACAUACGCAGAAUCUCGCAUCCAGUCUGACUGGGGCCGUGUACUGGUCAAUUUUCCAGCUGGUGCGGUCGACAGCCCGUUAGAGGGUACCUCUGAGGGACGGCGUGCGGACGACAAGGUCAGCACCGCGGAGAAGGAUAAUAUCUCACGGCCGCUCGCAGAGAGCCCCAAGGGAUUCAUUGAGGUUGGGACAACCACCCGCGUUGGUAUCAAGAUGCACUUGAAGUUUGCGUCCCCGUGGCUGUCCGAUAUUGACGGGGAACUGCCUGAUAUGUCCGUGUCCCAGUCGGUGUAUUCCCGCUGGCACUUCGAGCAUGACGGGGCGAAAUCCUGUCUGACCACUAGUCUGGGCACUACAAUGAAGAGUCAUCUGGAGCGCGGUUCUUACGUCGGAUGGAAGGACAAGGAGACGAAAACCUUCGUGCAGGAGCUGGCGCAGGCCGGAGAACGCCAAUGCUUCACAGGGGACGCGGCGACUAAGCGAGAUCGCAUCGAGCGGCGCCAGCUUGUGAACCCGAACUUCGAUCCAGAUCUAUUGGUCCCCGGAAUUAACCUGGGUGAUGGAGGAUGGAACAACAUGGCAGCCCGGAUUUUGUGCAAUGGGUGCGGAUUUUGCACCACCGAGGGGGUUGUCGAGGAGCCCUGUUGUGGAUGCGCCUGUAUCCCGUGUAGGUAUGGCACCCAGGCCAGUGUCCGGGAUGAUGACUAUUAUGUCUUCCCGAUUUCCGACCAGACCUCGUUGGCCCGGAGAGAUCUGCUGAUCAAUGCGAGCUGCGGACUCCAGGACGCGCAUUGCGUAGGAUCGGACAACAAAACCUGGCUGGUAGAACGACAGGCCACCACUCCCCGGAUCAGCCAAACACCAAAGAAACUGAAUAUCUGUAGGACUCAGAUCACCGGGCCCAAGUACCCCUCAUAUCCUAAGCAGAGCCCGAAUGCCGUUCUGGGGCCCCAGGAUUUUAAUUCUCACUGGUCGACCCAAAACGUCAUCAAGUAUAUGCAUAACUCGUCACAGUCCUGCACCAACUGGGCCGUGGGCAAAUUUGCGAACUCAGAUAUCGUGUGGGACAAAAGCACCAACAUCAGACAUAACCAGUUCUAUGAGACGGAACAUCCGUUUGAAGGCCAGACCAUCUCGCGGUUCUUCAACGUCCACAUGACGAGCGUGGCAACCGUCACUCGGCCCUGCACCUGGAUAGUCACAUGGAUUCUCUCACGGGCUCCAUGGGCCGGGGCAACGACCAAUGUCGCCCAAUUAAUGAGUUAUGAGCUCGAAAGCCGGGAUCGACAAGGCCGCCUCGCUGUCUUCCUUACCGACUCCAACUGGAUGAAGGGGGCCAUCGUGAAGGGAUCUUCCCCAAUUCAGACCUCUCGGUGGGAUAACCUGGACCUUGGCGACGAGCAGCUGGCAUAUCUGAAAGAGCUGGGAAUGCUCUUCAGCUAUUGGAACCAUCCCGAGGUGUGGCAGUCGUUCUGUGACAGCUACAAUGGGAUGCGCGACGUGCUGCUUCAGUUUGACAACUGGUACAUUGCCAACCGGGGGCCCAGCGAUCUAGUUGGGGAGUGGAAGAAGUUCAACCAGCUCGAACUCAAGCGGAUUGUCGAGAGAGGGAAGGCAUCGGCGCAAUAUCUCAAGGAGAGUCGUAAGCCGGUACCAGGCUUCUGGGGGCGGGGGUGGACGCUCAAAUGGCAAGGGCUGUUUACCUAUUUCCCGGGGAACCUCCUGUAUCAGUUUGGCACGAUAAAGCUGGAUCAGACCUGCGUGAAUUUGCAGUAG